AGUUUUCGGAUCCUCUUUGUUUGUUUAUGAAAAACAAACUAAUGAUUAAUAUAAAUAUCAUAACCUACGAAGCUUCAUAGAUUCCACCUUCUAGUUUUUUUUGGCACAUUUCAUAAUCUAAAACAAAUAUUCUUUUCACAUUAACUUUUUUUAUAUAUUUUUUUCACGUGGUGUAUGAGAUUUAGUUUCAUUUGAUUUUGGUUUCUGGGCCAUUAAAACAAAGCAAAUCAAAGUGUUUAGAAUUGUGUAGAAUUCAAGGGUGAGAGAGAAAAAGAAAGGUGAAGGUAUAAAAAAUUUAUCAAGGAUGAAGAGGUUACCAGGUGUUGAUAAUGAAUUGCAGAAGAAAUUGGAUGCAAAAAUGGAUGAAGUUCCUGCUAGAAGACAAGCUCGUGAGGCUUUUAAGGAUAUUCAGCUUGGUAUUGACCAUAUAUUAUUUAAGACUCCAUGUGAUGGAUUAGAGAUGAAAGAGUCUUAUGAGGUGAACUCAAAAGGGAUUGAGAUCUUUUGGAAAAGUUGGCUUCCUAAGGAAUCUAAGCCAAAAGCAGCAGUAUUUUUCUGUCAUGGAUAUGGAGACACUUGCACUUUUUUCUUUGAAGGAAUAGCUAGAAAACUUGCAUCAUGUGGAUAUGGAGUUUUUGCUAUGGAUUAUCCAGGAUUUGGUCUUUCAGAAGGUCUUCAUGGCUAUAUUACUAGUUUUGAUCAGCUUGUUGACGAUGUCAUUGAGCAGUACUCCAAAAUCAAAGAAAAUCCGGAGUUCAAGUCUCUUCCAUGCUUUCUUUUCGGCGAAUCUAUGGGCGGAGCUGUUGCGUUGAAGACACACUUCAAACAACCUAAAGCAUGGAAUGGUGCAAUUCUUUGUGCACCAAUGUGUAAAAUUUCAGAGAAAAUGGUUCCACCAAAGUUGGUUGUAAAAAUGCUAAUUGCUAUGUCCAAUGUUCUUCCAAAGAAUAAGAUGGUCCCGACAAAUGAUAUAGGAGAUGCAGCAUUCAAAGAUCCAAAGAAGAGGGAACAGACACACUAUAAUGUUAUUAGUUACAAGGAUAAACCGCGCCUGCGGACUGCUGUAGAACUGCUUAAAACUACUGAAGAAAUCGAACAAAAAUUGGAAGAAGUGACUCUACCAUUAUUCAUUCUUCAUGGAGAAGCUGACACAGUGACUGAUCCAUCAGUGAGCAAAGCAUUGUAUGAAAAAGCAAGCUCUUCAGACAAGAAACUUGAGCUUUACAAAGAUGCUCAACAUGCCCUAAUUGAGGGUGAGUCUGAUGAAACAAUUACUCAAAUUCUUGGUGACAUCAUUUCUUGGCUUGAUGAACAUAGCUUGAAACAUAAUAUUGAAACUUCCUAGUUAAGAAAGAAACAAACACAAUCAAUCUUGUUCUUUUACAAUAUUUUUUUGUUACAUGAUCAAAGUCAUGUUGUAUAUGAAUAAAUAUAUAACGUUUAUUCUUUAUUACAUAUAUGAAAAAAAAAGGUUAAGUUAUACCUUAUGUUUAAAUUUCA